AGGAAGUGUCGUUGACUUCAACGUACGAAAUUCAAACUUGUGAUAGAAAAACAUCUCUGUCAGAGGCGAGGGCUUCUCCGUAUGGUAGUUAACUGAUUCAAACGUCUCCCUCUCCCGUUUUUCCUCUCUAACUCAGGGUGUUCUAUCGUCGUGCGGCUGAAGACGAGAGGAUGCCCGUGGAAAGGAUCGAGCCCCGCGGAGCCGAAGAGCUCCACAGAAACUAUGAGGUUUAUGAGACUAUUGGCUCAGGAGGCUUUGCUAAAGUCAAGCUGGGUCGACACCUCCUGACAGGAGAGAAGGUUGCAAUCAAAAUCAUGAAUAAGAAAGAUUUGGGGGAUGACUUGCCCCGUGUGAAGGUGGAGAUUGAGGCCAUGAAGAACCUGAGUCAUCAGCACGUGUGUCGUCUUUACCAGGUCAUAGAGACCUCCACCCAGAUCUUCAUGGUGCUAGAGUACUGCCCAGGUGGGGAGUUGUUCGAUUACAUCAUAGCAAAGGACCGACUGUCAGAGGAGGAGACCAGGGUGUUUUUCAGACAGAUAGUAUCUGCGAUGGCCUAUGUCCAUAGUCAGGGAUACGCGCACAGAGAUCUAAAACCGGAAAACUUGUUAAUUGAUGGAGACCACAACUUGAAGCUCAUUGACUUUGGCCUUUGUGCCAAACCUAAGGGAGGUCUGGGCUAUGAGCUGAUGACGUGUUGUGGGAGCCCUGCGUACGCUGCCCCUGAACUCAUCCAGGGAAAAUCAUAUAUUGGUUCAGAGGCUGAUGUGUGGAGUAUGGGGGUGCUGCUGUUCGCUCUGCUCUGUGGAUACCUGCCUUUCGAUGAUGAGAACUGCAUGGCCCUUUACAGGAAGAUUACAAGAGGUAAAUACGACAACCCCCGGUGGCUCUCUCCAGGCAGUGUCCUUCUCCUCAACCAGAUGAUGCAGGUGGACCCCAAGCGGCGUAUUAGUGUUCGACAACUGCUGGACCAUCCAUGGGUGAUGAGAGACUACAACAGCCCCGUGGAGUGGUACAGCAGGCAGCCGCUCGGCCACAUAGAUGAGGACUGUAUCACUGAGAUGGCAGUCAACAUGAAGCGAUCGAGAGAGAGCACCACAGCCCUGGUGAAGGAGUGGCGGUAUGACCACACCACAGUCACCUACCUGCUGCUGCUGUCAAAGAAACAGAGGGGAAAGCCUGUCCGCCUGCGCCCUGAACCAACUGUCUGCGAGGACUUCUGCUCUCCUUCACACCAGGGACUACAGACCAGGGAAGCCCUUAAUUUCAGUGAGGAUGAAGACGCUGUGAUUGUGGGUUCUUUGGAUUUAUGCUCAGACUACAUUGAUGAUUGUCCAUGGGUUCCAAUCACACAUCAUACACCCCAGGGGGUCAGAGGUCAGCCAGAUGGAAUUGCAAACAACAAAGAUACGAGACUGGCAUCAUCGCCAUCAGUGGAGAGAAGAUGUGCUUAUAGCCCGACUCCAGAGAGGGGGCGAACGACUACACACCACUGCCAGGAGAGGAGGGACAGAGACCGAGAGCAAACCAUUGAGAACAAGGAGAAUAUUGCUGUUCAGGAGAAAGAUGUUGACAUCUUUGUGUUGCCAACUCCUCGAACUCCAGUGUCCAGUAAGAAGAACGCACGCCACAACAAGAAUGUGUUGACCACACCCAAUCAAAAUGCUAACAGCAGUAGUGGCAAAAUCAAUGCAGUCACGCCUAAAGGUGGCAGUGCCUCCAAAGAACACGGCAAGAAGAGAACAGCAGAGAACAGGGAGCCUGCCAACAUUGAAAUGCUGGCUUUCAGUCCUGAGAGAAGGUCUCGCUCUUUGGACUUGGCUGUUACGGGGGACAGCGGAAAGAAGAAGAGAGGGGGGAAGAUGUUUGGUUCUCUGGAGAGAGGCCUGGAUAAGGUGAUCACUAUGCUCACUCCCAGCAAGAGGCGAGCCCUGCGCGAUGGCCCCCGCAAGAUCAAGGCACAAUACAAUGUGACUUUGACAAGUCAGACAAACCCGGACCAGGUGCUUAACCAGAUCCUCUCCAUCUUGCCAAAGAAAAAUGUUGACUUUAUUCAGAAAGGGUAUACCCUAAAGUGUCAGACAUGGGGCGACUUUGGGAAGGUGACGAUGGCAUUUGAGUUGGAAGUGUGCAUGCUGCAGAGGCCAGAGGUCGUCGGUGUCCGCCGCCAGAGGCUAAAGGGAGACGCUUGGGUCUACAAGCACCUGGUGGAGGACAUCCUCUCCACGUCCAGUAUUUAAACGCACUUUUCUGACAAAUUCUCUUCCCGUACAAGUCGAUAGACUUGGCCCCUUUGUGUCGGCCAUGACAAGAGACAAGAGAUAAUAGAUUCUUAUCAUUGAUGAUCAGUCCUUCGUUAUUUUUUUUUAAUGAAUAUUUCAAAUUCUCCCUAGGCCAGUCUGCAAUCCCCAUUAUAUUUGUUACAUUGAAUUUAUGAGCAUUACAUCUCAAGAUCCUUCAUACUGUAUCUUGUUUUAUGUAGAAUAUUGUUGUUUUACUUCCCUUUUUCAUAACUAUUAGGCUAAAUAGCUUCUAUGUCAAUCCUCUUGAGGUGUGUGUGAGUGUGUGUGUGAGAGAAAAUGAAUGAAAUGUAUUUACAUUAUACCUCCUGGCUGCUCAUUACCAUAUUUAUGUCAUGAUGUGGUUAUUCUCCCCUGUAGGUGCAAAACUUGAUUUAAUAACAUAAAUAAGCAGAGCGUCACUAAUUUACUCAUUGGUUUUUUUAUGUAUACGUGUGUACAGGUCUUCCAUCAUGAUGAUUUGACAUGGUCAUGUGAAGGGUCUGCUUUUAUUUCUUACUGCUAUUUUCACUGUCUGUCACGUUGUGUCUGUAAGAUUUUUUACUGACAUUGUAAAAAGUAGCAAAAUAAAUGAUUUCUGUUGAGUGUAA